GGUUGCGUUAAGGUGAAUUAUAAAUAGUGUGUGUAUUGUGAACAUAUUUAUUAGUACUUGUUAAAGACAGAGCAGAUCGAAUGAGGGACAGGCCUGUAAGGAAGGAUAGAAAAUAGAUGAAAAAAAUAAGGUUUGGUGCAAAUCAGAGGAUCUCUGGCAUCCCCCUUUUCGUCUUACCCGCAGCUGGAAAGGAUGGCAGGUGGUGCCGCGGUGAACACUCCCAACACAUGCAGGAGGAAAGUGACCCAUGAACUACCCCUAAGAAUUGUGAUGAAGAACCAGAAGUGGGCUGUAGGUGACGAGAUAACUACCCCAGGUCAUCCCGGAAGUGGCGAGGUGACCCCAUACAACUCCAAAAGGUCGUGGAGGACGCCAGGCAUAGCCACGUGGUCGCCUACACUCAGCCAUCCACCUCACCUGCCCCAGACUGCCACCCGGACAUCAUCCAAUCACAAGAACCCAGAUAAGCCCUUCCGGGUUCCUUGGUUGUGGUUAGCUAGCUAGUUUAUUUAGGAGUCGCUUGCUGUAGAUAGGAACCCUCCUAAGUCUGUUGCAUUUUUUUUUUUUUUUUGUGGUGUAACGCUGUGCUCUACGUGAGUGAUAGUGUUUAUCUUUAUUACUUGCUUUUUUUUUUCCUGAAGACCAGUUCUGUGGUUAUCUUGGAGGUUAACGGAGAAGAAUACUUCACACCUGUGUUUGUUGUUUUUUUUUUUUUUUUUAUUGGUCACUUUUUUGUUGUGAUUGUUAUUUAUUUAUUUAUUUUUAUUGAAAUAUGUGAGUGUGAAUGCAGUACAAUAUAUACAGAUGUGCAUUCCAGAGUGAAAGGAAGGCGUGCACAGAGUAAAGUGCACAGGAUGCAAUGCCUUUUUUUUUUUUUUAUCACCAGAUCUUGAUUGAUUUAAGGAAAUGAAAACUUUAAUGUGAGUACCUUACAAAGACACUUGACAAUACUGAUGUCACCUCACCUCGUGCUUUCACCUUAACACCUACAAACAUUGGCUAGACACAAGGUCAUAUAAAUAAUUUAUUCCCAUUCAUUCUCAUCUUUACAAAUUACAGUCUUUACACAUCAAAUCACCUUUAUUCAUACACUUUAGGGGGGUUGAAGGAUCGCUAAUCCCAUGUUAAAUUGCCUAUAUUCAAUUCGUAUUUCCUCCCUCAUUUAUUGACCAAUUCAUUUAAAAAAUAUUUUGAUCAGGAGAACAAUAGAAGAACAAUGUCUAUCGUUUUUUUUUUUUUUUUUGUACGAUAAGAUUUUUUUUUUUUCGAUGAAAAGUGAAAAUAAAAACUCUUUCAAAUAUUUACUUUCAAAUAUUUGUCAGAAAUCAAAAUCAACUCCAAGCCAAAAUUAAGAUAGCAGACUUUGUUCGCCUCUUAUAGUUCAAUAAGCCGCAAUAGCCCAUAUAUGUGUAACAGCAAUAACAACGGAGAUAAUUUUUAUAUGCCAAAAUCCGCCAUUUUAAGAUAUGUCAAAGUUUAAGGGGUGACUAUAAUUCACCUAUUGCAGCUAAGGACUUGAAAUUCACAUGAUAUAUACAUCACAAUAUGUUGAAAAAGCAGACAUAGAUUAAUUUAGUUACUCCGAUUGGUUUUGUACAUAGACCUAAAGGGAUUCAUGAUUUCACCCUUAAUUACCGGGGGGGGAGUGGGGAAGGCGGGUGAAAACAAUUUUUGUUAUAUUUCGACUUAUUUUUAAAUAAAAACCAGUGUUUAACUGUUUAAAAAUAAAUAAAAUAUUAAUGCAAAAGAUAUCUAAUGCGGACACAUUAACUAUUUGCUAGAUUUACGGAAAAAUAAUUAUUUAAUUUUUCGUAUAAAAAUUUGAAAAAAUAGUUAGACGUAAAAUUUCGUGCUCUCUAAUGUUGUACGCAGCAAAAGAACCGUAGAUAUUCAUAGGAGACUGAAGAAGAACGGGUAUGUCAGAAAAAAAAUAAAUAAAUUCUCAUACAUGUCUCGCGGCGGGCGAAACCGUGGAAUUUCUUAACAGAAGACCUCGUUACAUAAGGGGAUUUUUUUUUUUUAAUCAAAAUGUUAGUUACAUAUAUCAAAAGUGGAAAAAAAAAUGUAGAAAAUCAUAAAAGAAAAAACUUGAAUUUUUUUCAUGUCCGGAUCGUUCAACCCCCCUUGAUGCAAAAAAUGUUUGCUCGCCUGGCGUUGUUAACACACACGACACACUCUUCUUCCCUUGAGAAAAGAUAGUAGCCUCACGAGUGUCUUACUGUUUCAUUGCAGAGCCUCUCCUCUUGAUGACGACGUGUACACUGUCAGCUACACUUUGCAGCGUCUCAGACUUAAAUUUUUCCCAAUAUCUUUGUAUCUCAAUUUCAGAUAAAUUGUUCUCUUUCCAAGGGUUGAGGAGAACAUGGUCGUGCUUCAAGUGAAGCCACUACAGCCACUCCCUGACAAGUCUUCCACACUGGAAAGGAUGGCAGGUGGUGCCGCGGUGAACACUCCCAACACAUGCAGGAGGAAAGAAAGGAUGGCAGGUGGUGCCGCGGUGAACACUCCCAACACAUGCAGGAGGAAAGAAAGGAUGGCAGGUGGUGCCGCGGUGAACACUCCCAACACAUGCAGGAGGAAAGAAAGGAUGGCAGGUGGUGCCGCGGUGAACACUCCCAACACAUGCAGGAGGAAACAGCGGCGGGAGCUUUUUCCUUCCUCGCGGCCAGACGACGCGGACUGGCUUUUUCCUGCUCCUCCUGACACACUCACAGUUUACCGGAAAGGAUGGCAGGUGGUGCCGCGGUGAACACUCCCAACACAUGCAGGAGGAAAGUGAGUACCUGCUUCAUUACAUCAUGUGCCCUCUAUUUUGGAAUUUUUUUUUAUCAUUUCAACGGAAACCUGUCACUGUUGCCUGCCUUUCUCCUGUCAGCUUCCCACGAAUCUGUGAAGGAAAGAAACGAUGUGUUUUUAUGCUAUCGUGUCAGUAGUGUUAUCCAUUGAAGGAUUAGUUUAAACCUUUUUCCAA